AUGCAAAAAAUUAGCACAAGGCUCUUGAAACGAAAUGGCGGGAAACUCAUUUCAUUUCACCAUGACGCAAAUAACGACAAGGCCUCCGAUGCCGCUCAGUCGUCAGCCAAUUUCAAAGGUGACAUCCUCUUUUGCGGUUCGACCAAAUGGGACCUUCUCGGCCGCAAGACUAUUCCCAAGGUCGUCGCCAAACGCGGUGGCACGACUGCCGGCGACGACCUUCUGGGACCCUCCCGCAUGCGCUUCGCGGGCCUGCCUGACAAACAAUUCACAGCCGUCUUUUCGGGAUGCGCCGCCGCUCAUUUUGUCCUCGUCGACGUCGAGGGUGUCGCAUACGGUAUCGGACGAAACGACAACGGCCAACUUUCGCGCGCUGACCUCAAAUCCCGUAAGCAUCCUGUCAAAUUUCACCUUCCGGGUAUAAAGGAGGGCGAGCGCGUCAUGCAUGCGGCGUGCGGAAGGCAGCACACGCUCCUCGUCACAUCCGAAGGGCGUGCGUUUUCGGUUGGCACCAACGCCUUUGGACAGCUCGGCAACGGAAGCAAAACGGAGCUGAAGAAACCCGAGGUCACUGAAUGGCAAGUUGUGCAGCUGCCUUCCGACGAGAAGACUAUCUGCGCGGCCGCUGGUGCAGAGUUCAGCGCCUUUGCGUGUGAGAGCGGUGCAGUAUAUGCCGUUGGUAGCGGACAGUACGGCCAGCUGGGGAAUGGCCGCACGGGGGAGUUCAUUACGUCUGGAAAUCGCAUCGCGUUUGACGUGAUCAUGACACCAGUCCGUGUGCUCGGCUUUGGAAGCGGCGAGGGGGAAAUUAAGAUCAAACAAAUUGCAUGCGGGACUAAUCACACGCUCGCCCUAGAUACAAAGGGCAAGGUUUGGAGCUGGGGUUUUGGCGGGUACGGGCGCCUCGGACAUAAAACUCCCAAAGACGAGCUUCGACCGAGGCGGAUAGAGACCUUCGAUAGCUCGACGUAUAGUCUGGAUAUAAUUACGUGUGGGCAGUCUUCUUCAUUUGCUGCGCAGAAGAAUCGGAAGAGUUGCUAUAUGUGGGGCAUGACCAAGCGCACUGGGGAGACAAACAUGUAUCCGAAGCCACAAUUCGAUCUGCAGGGAUGGGAAAUCCGUAGUCUGGCGUCCGGGACUACGUCCACUGUCGUUUCGGCGGAACGUAGCGUCAUCAGUUGGGGUGGUAGUCCAACGUUCGGAGAGCUCGGGUACGGGGAAGGGAAACCCAAGUCAAGCACAAAACCGCAAGUCAUGGCUAGUCUCGAGGGUUUGUUGGUGAGCCAAGUCACGGAGGGUAUGGCGUUCACUGCCAUGCUCGUCUCCGCGGAAAAUGACGACGAAAAGAAGAUAUUUGAUGCAUUGCCGGAGUAUGCCGUUGAAAACGAGGGAGUCGAAAACGACGAUGAGAGCGUUCCAAGCUUCUCGUUCCAAGUCUUCAACCCCACGUUGCAUAAUAUGAACAGGAACCAGGGCAAGAUUAAUACACCGGGUCUUACAGCAGGAUUUCGUCAACCCUCUAAGCGACCCAUCUUCUGUACAUUGCCAAUCAAGUUCCAGCGCAUGUGGGUAUGGUCUAUGAGAAACAUCCACGAGAAGGAGCUGAACGUACAAUACCAAACGGGUCUCUCUUGCUGCACAACGUAUCUCGCGAACGUUUCAGCAGCCUCUGCUCUCAGUGCUUCGCCUUUUCAUUUGGGCAAAACGCUAAUUGCUCUUUCAUAUAUAUAUAUAUAUCAGGGCUAG